CGUGACGACGCACACCGGCUGGCCUUUACUUAAAUAUAAGUAAAAAUAAUUUCGAGAAAUAAAAAGUGGUUAUCCUCAAAGUAAUAACAAUUUAUUUCUCGGAUUUUGACCGCGUCCGUUGUCCGCACGCGAACACGUCCGACCGUACACGCCGUCUGCACCUCCGGAGGGACGACCACCGGCCGUUUUUUACCGAGUGGCCAUCGCGAUCCGGCGUCCUCGGCGCCGCUUGAGUGCAAUGACCGCGUGAUAUACGCACCGCCGUCGGCGUCCCGACAGCGUUCCCGCGCCGGUGGUGGCGUCCACCGGUGUCGCGAUCAUGAAGACAGACCGGACGUCCAGACCAACGACGGCCGCAGACCUGUUGACCGGCUGGCUGACGGUGUUGGCCGUGGCCGCGCUGGCGGUAGACGCCAAAAGCUCAGAAGGAAAGGCAUUGUACCCGUCCAUUUUCAACUUGGCGUCUCGGGCACUGGUAACAGCCAACGCCACGUGCGGGGAAGCAGAAAAUGGUGGUCCCGAGGUUUACUGUCGGUUCAGCGGUGCCAGCAACGUUCAAACGUGUGGUGUUUGUGACGCCCGGGCAGGAGACCCAGCCAAAGCCCAUGGGCCAGGCAAAAUGGUCGAUAACAGCACAGGCACUUGGUGGCAGAGUCCUUCACUACAAACCGGUGACCGUUACCAAUACGUCACAUUGAACAUAGACUUGAAACAGGUGUACCAAGUGUCGUAUAUCAUAAUCAAGUUCGGCAUAUCGUCGAGGCCGGGCAAUUGGAUUUUGGAACGGUCUACUGACGACGAAGGGUCACACUUCAGACCGUGGCAAUAUUUUGCUGUCAACAAUGAGGAGUGCGUUGACAAGUAUGGCGUUCAACCGGCAACACACAACGGCGAUCACAAAGACAAGAUCGUACAAGUAAACCGAAAUCCCACUUGCGUUACUUCGUGUUCGCGUUUUAAACCGCACGAGAACGGAGAGAUACACAUAAACCUGUUGAAAGGACACGGCAGCAUAAGUUUAUCGUCUCCAGACGUACUGAACUUCACAACGGCCAGGCUCGUUCGGUUUAGGCUGCAGAAAAUCAUUUAUCCCAACGAUAAGUCGGGCGUGAUGGACACUUCGAUUUUGAGGAAAUUGUUCUAUUCGAUCAGAGACGUAUUCAUAGGCGGUCGGUGUGUUUGUCACGGUCACGCCAAAAAAUGCAAACAAAUUUCAGAAACAGCCGAACCCAGCUGCGACUGUCAGCACAAUACUUGUGGUCAAAAUUGCGACAGAUGCAGCCCGCUUUACAAUCAAAGACCGUGGAAGGCUGGUCCGACUGCUUGCGAACAGUGUCAGUGUUAUGGUCACGCGACCGAAUGCCGUUAUGACCCGACGGUUGACGCUGAAAAAUCUAGCUUGGACCUGUACGGCACUUAUUCGGGCGGUGGAGUCUGUGUCAAUUGUUCGAAACACACAACUGGCAUCAAUUGCGAACGGUGUGAGACCGGAUGGUACAGACCGCUUGACAUAGAACCUGACGAUCCCGAACCAUGUCUGCCUUGCGAGUGUCAUCCCGAAGGUUCUGACGGAACUUGUGUGUCCAGCAAAGAUACGGGAAUUGGACUAUGCGAUUGUUUCAAAGGGUUCGCCGGUGACAAGUGUGACGAAUGCGCUCCGGGUUACAGCGGGUUUCCAGACUGUGAACCGUGUGCGUGUGACGAACGAGGAAUCAAAACGCCUCCUCUGACUUGUGACAGCCAAUGCGAUUGUAAAGAUCGCGUCAAUGGCAACAAGUGUGAUCGAUGCAAGCCCGGGUACUUUAACCUGAAUGCUUCGAACCCGGAAGGAUGUGACAAAUGCUUUUGUUCUGGCGUGUCGACGACGUGCGAUAACGCAGUCGGUCUUAGAGAGAUUUCGAUAAGCUUACCUGACGGGUGGUUGGUAACAGACCUAAAGAUGUCGAAGACCGUUUUUCCGUCAACGGAUGCUGAUACGGGGCACGUAUACAUCAGCAGUUUUGACGUACCAUUUGGCGCCGACAGUAGUUUUUAUUGGCUAUCGCCCGACAAUUUUACCGGCAAUAAAUUGACCUCUUACGGUUCCAGCUUGAAGUUUUCCGUAUCUUGGAUCUUAAUGCGAGGUGAUUCUAGUGGUCGACAAUUGCUUGACCCCGACGUUGUAAUAAUUGCCAAGGAUAACAUUUUGAUCGCAUACGGUGGCAAAAACGAUAAGUUAGCCAACGAAGUGAUGGGCAACGUUGCCUUGACGGAAAAAGAUUGGUUUUAUGUGACCAAAGACUUUAAAAAUCUCGAGACGCCUCUUGACAACGCCGAAGUAUCGCGCGACGAGUUUUUAUCGAUUCUGUCCGAUGUCAAGCACGUGCUCAUCAAAGCCAAAUACCAUACGGACCAAGUGGAAUCCAGUUUGAACGACGUUUCCCUUACUCUUGGUCACGUCAACGGUACAGGACGUUUGAUCUCCGACAUAGAGAAUUGCUCGUGUCCUUUUGGCUAUACCGGACUUUCUUGCGAGGCUUGCGACUAUGGUUUUGUCAAACACAUUGACCCUUUCUCACCUGGAAUUCUGUGCAAGAAGUGCGACUGUCACGGUCAUUCGCCGGUGUGCGAUCAACUCACCGGUCAUUGUUCGGUGUGCGAACACAACACGACCGGUGCCAAGUGUAACGAAUGCUUGCCAGGUUUCUACGGUAAUGCAACCUGGGGUACGUCGGAAGACUGCAAGAAGUGCGCUUGUCCUCUGGAAGAAGGCCCAAACAAUUUCAAUGGUUCUUGCGAGCCAAACUCAUCUGGAGGAUAUAUGUGCACUAAUUGUCCCGAAGGACACACCGGCGAUCACUGUGAACUGUGCGCUUCUACGUACUAUGGGAAUCCUAUGAUCGAAGGUUCAACGUGCAAGCCUUGUGACUGCAAUGGCGCUCCAUGUAACAACUCGACCGGACAGUGUACUAACUGCCUGGGAAAUACCGUCGGCUGGAACUGUAAAGAAUGCAAACCCGGACAUUUUGGUAACCCUAUUAUUUCCGACUGCAGACCGUGUGAUUGUCAUCCGGUUGGUUCAAUAACAACGGACUCUUGUAACAUGGACACCGGACAGUGUCAGUGUAAAGACAAUUUUACUGGAAGGACUUGCGAUCGGUGCGUGGAUGGUUUGGGUAAUACGACCGCCAAAUGUGUUGAGUGUACUUGCAAUCAUAUCGGCUCCAUAACGGACCUGUGUGACCCCAGAUCCGGCAUUUGUCCGUGCAAAAAAGGAAUAACCGGAGCCAGUUGCGAUACGUGCAUCGAAGGAUUCCAUUCGUUCUCCAGUCAGGGUUGUGUCGAGUGUCAGUGCAAUACUACCGGAAGCGAAAACAACAGCUGCGACCCUGUAACCGGCCAAUGUAAUUGUCGACAAAACGUCACUGGCAGCUUAUGCGAUUCGUGUAAAGAAGGACAUUGGAACAUUACGGACAAGGGUUGCCAAAAAUGUGGAUGCGAUGAAUUAGGUGCCGUCAACGGAAUGUGCGAUCCCAUAACGGGCCAGUGCGUUUGUAAGCCAGGAGUUAGUGGACAGUAUUGCGAUCAGUGUCUGCCCAAUUACUACGGGUUCUCCAUUCUGGGCUGUUCGGAAUGCCAGCCAUGUGAAAAGCAGGGCCACGUAUGUGAUAUGGACACAGGCAGAUGUGUAUGUCCUCAACUGACCGAAGGUCCGGAUUGUAGUCAGUGCGUUUCCAUCAGCUUUGGGUGGAAAGAAUAUAAAGGAUGCCAGGAAUGCCGGUGUGAUUCUUUCGGAUCGCUCAACGGUUUUUGUCAUAACGAGACCGGAGCGUGCGUAUGCAGAACUGGUUACAGCGGCUCCAAGUGUGAUCAGUGUUCGUUUGGAUACUACGGGUAUCCCAGGUGUAGGCCAUGUGCAUGCGAUUAUGCCGGAAGCGAACAAAACAAUUGCAACGGAACACUGUGCGGUUGCGAUGAAUUCGGCCAGUGCGAGUGCAAAAUGAAUGUUUAUGGCAAGAGAUGUGACCAAUGUAAAGAGGGCACAUUCGGGCUGCAUCAAAUGAAUGCGGAUGGUUGCAUACCUUGCUUCUGUUUCGGUCGAAGUAGUUCAUGUUCGGCAGCAGGUCUAACGUGGAAUCAAAUUAGACUCCCGCAAACCCGUACGCUGUCUAUUCAUUAUGAUACCAACAGCAGUACGCUGUACAGUGAAGGCGAUUAUCCUGUCAAUACCCAAGAAAUCUGCUACAUCAACCUGGCAAAUCCCGAGAGUGGUGGUAUAGAACGCAAUCAGUUGAACAUCACCAACAACCUUAGGAUUAUACCGGGGACUGUGGGUAACGUGGAAAUGGGAGUAAAAUACUUGUUCGACACUCCUGUUUAUUGGCAACUGCCUAAUCGAUUUUCCGGUGAUAAGGUUUCAUCGUACGGCGGCUACAUACGCUUCACUAUAGACGCUGAAGGUGGAAACACUCUCUUCCCGCAACUGAUUUUGACUUCUUAUCCGCUGAUACAAAUUCAAGGAAACGAGCAUAUCAUACUAGAACACUUCCCGCAGUCCAUUAACACGGGGCCCAGUCAUCAAGUAAGGCUACAUGAAUCGUUGUGGCAAAUCAAGAACAAUCCCGGCGCCAAAGUCAGUAGAGAAAUACUGAUGCUCGCAUUGCAAAAUAUCAAAUACAUUUUCAUCAGAGCCACCGAUUCGGUUGACUUUACCCGCGCCACUUUAAAAGACGUAUGGUUAGAGACGGCGACGAUGACCGCUAGGAAAACCGCUCACUUGACUGCUUCUCAGUUAGUCGAGGUAUGCGAAUGCCCUCCCGAGUACCAGUCGUCUUCUUGCCAAGAUCCCAGUCUCGGAUAUUUCAGGUACUAUAACAGUUCAGUGAGUGCAACUAUUAUAAUACAGACCGUCGGCGAGGCUAAACAAUGUCAAUGCAAUGGUCGUUCGAACGUGUGCAACGUCGAGACAGGAAAUUGUGAGAACUGUACGCAAAACACCGGUGGCGCCCAUUGCGAGAUCUGUGCCGAAGGAUUUUAUGGCGAUCCGUUUGGCGAAGGAUGUCAGCCGUGUCCGUGCCCGUCGGUUAACAAAAAUUUUGCUAAAUCGUGUGAGAUAGGUUACGAAGGAACACUAGUGUGCCAAUGCAAACCAGGCUAUAAAGGACCCAUGUGCGAUCAAUGCGAGUACGGUUGGUUUGGGUAUCCAAGAAAAGAAGGCGGAUCGUGCGAACCUUGUCGUUGUAACAAGUAUGGCAUGAUAAGCGACGAGUGUGACGAAGAGACUGGUCAGUGUAACUGCAUGCCGAACAUUACCGGCCGGGACUGUUCCGUAUGUCAGAACAAACAUGUGUUAACCAGCAAAGGAUGCAUGUCUUGCGAGGACAAGUGUAUAGACACGUUGCUGGACGACGUAUCUAGUCAGAUCAAAUUACUAAACGAAACAACCGUUAAUCUGGCCGAAGGAAUGAUAUCUCCUCCGUGGUCGUACCUGUUACUUAUCGAGACCAAUGUGACGUUCUUGAGUAGCAUGCUAAACAGUUCUACCAAAGCCGAUUUGAUGUUGAUCGGUCUAGCCGACGACGUGGAACAGAACCUUAAGAAGAAAAUAAAGUACGCUUUCGUCAAGGCCAAGAAGUCCUUAAAAGCGUCUCAGCUUAUCGAAAACGAUAUACGGCCGCUAUACGAGUCGGCCGAAAGUAGAUUGGCAAAUAGCAUGGCACUAGAGAGAGAAGUAGACGAACUAGUCAUCAACUUGCAGACUUAUGGCGUUGAAGAGAGGGCGCGCUUGAAUAUUGCAAGCACCUUGAAAGAAGCUCAACACAUUUUGAACAAAAUAAGUAACAUCGAUUUUGAACCUUCUGUAGAGCCCAUAACCAUUCUUAGAAUUUGUUCGGAGGCCAUGGAAAACCUUCAAUUGAACACGGGUAGUGAAGCUCAGACGGUUAACCUCAAACACAAAUUUGAAACUCUUUUGAAUCAAGUGAAAGACUUUGACGCCAUCCUAUCCAACAUAUCCAUCGCGUCAGAAUCGGUAAACCGACUGAAGCAGCAAAAUAAACAGUCACUGAGGACAGUCAAUAGGAUCAUAGAGGACGUUAAUCGAAUGGAGUUGUCUUUUAACGCGAAGCACGGUGACAUGGUGGCCGCUGUGAAAACAGCAAGAGAAAAUUAUUUGGCGAGUAUGGACAAUUUCGAAGAACUAUCCGACAUUAAACCCAGAUUUGAAAACAUCAGAAAACCUUUCAACAGAGGCAAAAACAUUGGUUCUCAGUUAGACGGGGAACUGCUUUUGGUGAAUUCGGCAGAAAUACAUGCGGAGUACCUUUUGCAAACUGCUCAGAAAUACGCAGAAUUGUUCAAACCUAUCAAACACGACGCCAACGUCACGCUUCAAGCAAGCAACGCUUAUUUAAAUAUCGUCAAAUCCCUUCAGCUUGCUCGAAACGCGGCUAUCAACGCUAGUCAAUUGGCUGACACUUCGUUCCAAACGGCGUAUCCGGGAGUGUAUCAAGAAUCACUUGUGGACAAAUCAAAAGCAGCUGAAGAUUUAUCCCAGCUCGUUUAUAAAAAUACUCUGGACGUGAAAAAACUAGUCGAUACUUUCCAGUCGAAAUUCAACGCAGAAAUUACAACAAUCGAAGCUGUUAAAAACGAUAUGAAGCAAAUAAUCAAGAUCGACAAUAGUAAUUCGAAACAAAUUAUUGAGCUCGAACAAUCUGAAGGAAUGAACAUAGAACUGAAUAGCAAAGAAGAUGUCGACCCGCUGAUGAACACGUUGGCUAAUGUCGAGACCAAAAUUAAUGAAAUUCAAAACAACAUCGAUAACAGGCUGCGUCCGGUUUUGCUUCAGCUUAACGAGGAAGGUGAACCCAGUCUAACGAUUGCUCAGGAUAAAAUCGACGAGACUGAAGAAAACGGCAAAAAAGUUUUAGACGUACUGGACAAAGUCGUUAAGUCUACCGAAGAGUUUGGUAAAAAAUUAGCAUCUUGGAAUGACACAAUUGCUGGCAAAUUGGAAGCUUUGCGUAACAAAAUCACAGAAGCCCAUCAAAUCGCGGACGGGAUCCGUAUAUCGGUUACCGGUAAAGAAAACGACACCGACAACGUUUGCAUUCGGACAUACCAACCGAAAUUUUUAGAGCCCAGCACUAGGACUACGAUCGUGUUGUCCUAUGCAAUUAGUACUAACGAGAGGGACGCGUUGCUCUUUUACCUAUCGAGCAAAACCACAGGUGACUUCGUGGCAAUCGAAAUGGUCAACCGGAAGAUCAGGUUCGUGUGGGACGUUGGUGGUGGCAUUGGCGAGAUUACACAUCCAAUGCACAUACAGACAGCCAGCGACCUGAACAACGACCAGCACUGGUACAGGAUCGAAGCAGAACGGGUGCACAAUUUCGGCAAGUUGCUGAUUAGACCCCAAGUGGUGCCAAGCGGUUCGUCUCUGGCCAUGGGCUCGCCUCACACGAACAUGUCUAGCGCGGGCAUGGGACGUUUGGACGUCAAUUCGGACGAUGUCAUUUGGAUAGGGGGCAUCGACAAGGCGCCUCUGCCGUCGUACUUACAUUCCAGACAACUGGGUUUGAUUGGUUGUCUUCAUCAGGUGUGGCUGGACGGUCGACCCAUCGGCUUGUGGAACUUCAAGUCGCAACCGGCUGGCACCUGUAGUGCCUGCAUCGAGGGAGCCGAAGAAAUGGUUGACGAUAGUUCCUAUAGGUUUACCGGUGACGGUUACGCGGUCUUACACCACGACAGUACUACCGCCUACAAUAAGUACCUAUUCAGCGUAUCACUUAACUUCAAGACCUUCGACGAAAGAUCUCUGCUGUUCCUGGCCGAAGGUUCUCAGCCGGAUCAAUUUAUCGAUAUAAGAAUGCAAGACGGCAAAGUCAUUUUCCGAGUCAGCUAUUCGGGUUACUCGAUGUUAGAACUAUCCACCGCCAGCCGGUACAACGUGGGCACCUGGACGAGAUUGGAGGCUACCCGGUAUUUCGAUAGAAAGAAAAAAGUGGAAAAAGGAGUUUUGAAAGUCGGUGCUGAGUCUAAAGAAGGCGUACCUUCGCCGCCUCCGAAUCAAAACGACAUACCGGAAUUAUCAGAGGCGGAGUACAUGAUAGGCGGCGUUCCUCCGGGUUUUAAGGCCACUAACGGUUUGGUAAAAUCGUUUUCAGGAUGUAUGUCGGACAUUCAAAUAGCCCAACAAGGGUACAACCCAAUGAGAGGCAAUUCGUGGGGCGUGCAAACUACUUGUACGGACAAACCUCUGACUAUAGUCGGAUUCUAUGGUAACGGAUACUUAGAAUUGACUUCGCACACGCUCAAAAAGAAAGCGUCGUUUGGAUUCAUGUUCGCCACUUUACAGCAAGACGCACUAUUGAUGAUGUCCACUACGGAUAUGCUUGUCCCUGGCACGUUUAACACUAGCAAUAGUUUAGAAGAAAUCAACAACAACAUAGAGCAAGAGAACAAGCAAAAUUACUAUUCGGUGAGCUUGAGACGUGGACAGGUAGACAUCCGGAUAAACGCAGGGCACGGCGAAAUAAGACUGGCUAGCGAAGGGUUCGAGUUCGGCGACGGCAAGUACCAUUCGAUAAUGGUGACCAAAAACGGCAAAAAGCUGGAGUUGCGCAUUGACGACGUACUUCAUUCGUUUUCUUCACUUCCGGAAGGUUCGAGUGUGGUAAGAGCACCUGGUGCGGCUGGCGGUCUCUUUUUGGGUGGUCUACCCGCCGAAAUAAAUACCACUGGCAAAGCCGUAUCCAGCGUUCCCCUUGUGGGUACCAUCAAAGACGCUAUUUUCAACGACCAGCUUUUGUAUUUUGAUUCUCCCAUUGAAUUUGAGCACGCAGCGAUCGGUCAGGUAGGUCCAGUACCCCGGACGAGUGGCAACGUGUCAAGCGAAAUUGCAUCGAUGACCUCGACGGAGAAGCCGACUGGUUGCGGCAAAGAAGGCAGCUUUUCCCUAGAACCGGGUGCGGUUAAGUUUGGCGACAACCCUAACAGCUACGUGCAGGUGUCGUUCUCCAAGCGGCACAACAUGCACCGCAAUUUCAAAAUGGAUUUCCGUUUCAGGAGUUUCUAUUCCGACGGACUGGUUUUUCUGUUGAUCGGUAACCGGGCCAAACAGAACAACUAUCUGGCCAUGCGACUAUACAACGGCCGGGUCCAAUUGGUGUUGAAAAAUCGCAAGAGAAUGGAGAUAUCCACUCAAGCUGUAUUCAACGACGGCAUGUGGCACAGGGUUCAACUGAUCAAAGACAACAAGACCGUGCAUUUCACUAUCGAUUCAAUACCGCAAGAAAAACUGAAUUUGACCAAAAAGCUGAGUUUGGGCAACACCAUGUAUGUUGGCGGCGUGCCGGCGGAGAAGAACUUGCAACUUCCAGAGUCGUUGGACGUUCGGUCGUUCAAGGGGUGCAUGCAAGGUUUCGCCGUGAACCACCAAGAAGAGGAGCUGGUAAGCGAAAGGGCCGUCCGCCAUCAGGUCGGCCAGUGUUUCCCUCAGGUCGAGAAAGGAUCGUUCUUCCCGGGCGACGCUUACGCCAUUUACAAAAACAAAUACUACGUGGGCGCGUUGCUCGAACUGUCGCUGGAACUGAGGACCACGCAGACCACGGCCGUCCUGUUGUCGGUUUCCGAACCCGAAGGGUAUCCGGCACUGUCUUUGGAGCUCAAUCAGGGCAAAGUGGUCUUGUCCGGCGACAUGGGCGACCGCCGGCCGUUCCGGGUCGAGCAGAGUUUCCACUCGGAGUUCACCAUAUGCGACAACAAGUGGCAUCAGAUACAAGCAUUUUACGUCGAGGACAAGUUGACUCUCAAAGUCGACCAGUUUGAACAAAAAUACUGGCUUCUGGACAACGGUCACAUCACAGAAGCGCACACCAACAGCCCACUGUACAUAGGUGGAUUACCAGAUACGGCGUCCAGCGGUACUUUAGGCACUAGAGACAAUUUCAAAGGAUGCAUACGGAACUUAAUCAUAGGAAGUGAACGCACCGACUGGGCGGAUAUGGCUUCAUUGCACAACAUACUUUUAAGCUCGUGUCCCCUGAUAGUUCACUAGUAAUACCACUAGUUUCCAUGUACAUACAUUUAUUUAUAUGAUAACAUUAGUUUCUAAUUAAUCGUAAGCAAUUCGAGUUUGAGCGUUUAAGCAGAACUCGAAUCGGCCAAUGUAAUUUUAUAUUUAUGCAAACUUUGUAUUUAAAUGUUUAUUAUUUAAUUAAAACUAUUAUCUAAAUGUAAAAUGGCCACUAACAAUUUUUCUUUGUAAAUAAUAUUACCGAUCAAAAGUUUUAAAAAUAAACGUGCGUUAUACUUUAA